ACAGCUGCGUCGUCUAUUCUUACGGUAUGUGAUUAGUGCAAAAAAGGAUUAAAGAUCUCUCGACAGUGCUUUCCACAGUGCCCGGUGGGUAACUAGUAGAAAAGUUAAGAUUUUAAUUUUUAAUUAUUAGAAUCAGUGAAGAAUGAGUGCGGUACCAAAAUCCGAUGCUGGGAGGGAUUCCAAAGCCGAAAGAUCAGCGAAUUUUCGACAACGAGAUGAGAAUGGACGUGGAAUCCCCUUGAAAGCGUGCAGAAACUGUGGAGGAACAUGGAAAUGGGUUCAUUAUUGUCCAGCAGACAAGAAAACCUGCCAUUUAUGUGGAAAAAUCGGGCAUUACGCGAGAAUGUGUCGUUCCUCAACCCUAAACAACAACAACAACAACAAUCUCGAUUACAGAAACACGAGGAGAAACUGUCACAAUAAUAACAGAAGUGAUGGAAAUGGUGAUUCAGAAUUUAAAGGGCCUCAUAAGAGUGCACCCAGGGUUUACUAUAGUCGAAGCCAAAGUCAAGAGUUUCAUAACAGAAGUAAUGAAAAUAGUAGGAAGAAUUCACCCUCAGAAUCUGUAGCUGAUAAUAAUUCCUAUCGUCAACAGCCCUGGCGAAAUGGUAAUAAUCAGAAUCAAAAUAAUUCCAAACAGUUUGAAGGUCGUCGUGAGACCAAGCACGAGGAUAACCAGAACGAGACAUCUGAAGAUCCCAGAGAGGAAAAAACAGACAAUUCUGAUCACAACAAUGAGAAUAAUAAUAACAAAAGUCCGGAGAGUGAUUCUCCGGGGGAGUUUAAAGGUUCAAACAAAUUCGAAAGGAAUACGAACUCCAAGGGACAAAAUAACUAUAAAAAACCAAGAAAUUAUGGGAAUGGCAAAAAUGAGAGGUUUGACAAGGAUGAGAAAAGUUAUGAGAGUGGGGGUAGGGAACAGAACAAUAGCUCAAAGGAGCAUAAGGAGACGGAUCAUGAUAAGAAAGAAAGUGGUAAUUCUAGGGAAGACUCGAGAUACGCUUACACCAGUGUGGAACAGUCUCGGUACGAUCCUAGAAAAGAUAAUGCAAGGUCAUCGAAUUUUUCUAAUCAUAAUGAUCACUCGAAGUUUGAUGGUUGUGGAAACAAAUCGACGUCGACGUCUGGAUAUUAUUACCAAGAGAAGAUUAAAUAUGAUGCAAUUGGAUUAAAACAGAAAUUGGCGAAAACUUUCUAUCAAAAAGGGAACUACGAAGCUGCUCUAUCACAUUAUUCCAGGCUCAUUGAAAUGUGUCCGAACAAUCCGGUAAACUUCAAUAAUCGUAGUGCUUGCUACAUGAUGCUAGGACAGUAUAAUAAUGCAGUUACAGAUGCAAACAGAGUUAUUCAAUUGGAUCCUUCAUGCAUCAAGGCAUACUCAAGACUGAUAAAAUGUGCCAUGCUGCUCGGUCACACGAGAUCUGCAGAAUUCCAUCUCACUAAAUUAUCGGAAAUCGAUCCAAAUCACGAGAUAAUAUCCGCAGAACGUAACAAGUUGGAUAAACUCCAAAGGGCUUUGGAAAAAGAGACGAUCACAAUUAGAGAUAACAAUUACCAAAAUGCCCUAGAUUGUAUCAAUAGCUGUUUACUCAUCAGCCCUCACCGCGCAUCGUAUAAAGUAAAAAAGGCGGAAUAUUUGGCAUUGCUCAAACGUCACAACGAAGCGGAACAAAUCAUCAAUGAGAUACUGCAGAAGGAUCCUAUCAAUGUAGAUGCAAAAUACAUUCUAGGACUUCGUGUAUAUCAGAGUGAUAUUGACAAGGCUUUGAAAUACUUCAAGGGCAUUCUUCGACUUGAUCCGGACCACAAAAAAAGUCAUCAAAUAUUUAAGAAACUGAAACGAUUUGUAGACGCGAAAGCAACAGGUAACGAUAAAUUUCACGCCGGAAAUUUCGCGGAUGCCCAUCGCAUAUACUCAUCAGCCUUAUCAAUCGACCCUGACAAUACUCUCAUGAAGAUGAAACUGUCCUACAACAUGGGUCAGGCAUCGUUCAUCCUCGGAAACUUUAAAAGAGCGAUUGAUGAAUACUCACAAGCCAUCGAUAUCGACUCGACUGUGGUUAAAUUUCUGAAACAGCGCGGACAUUGCUACAUGGAAAUGAAAGAUUACGAAGAAGCUAUUGCCGAUUUUUCGAGGGUCUGCAAUUUGGACCCUGGGAAUGAGUGUCAAAAAUUGAUCCAGGAAGCUGAGAAGUUAUUAGCACUUGUGAAGAAAGAUCACUAUACGAUUUUGGGGGUGAGCACAGAUCCAUCCAUUGAGGAAGUUAAAAAAGCGUAUAAGGAUAAAGCGCUGCUGCACCACCCCGAUCGCCACGCGAAUGCUACCGUAGAGCAGCAGAAGAAACACGAGAGAAAAUUUAAGGAUAUCACGUUAGCUUACAGACAUCUGCUUGAAAAGUGCAAGCGGAAAGUGAAAUAUGCCUGCUAGACCAUCACUUUUUACAUUGCAGGGUAUCAUAUGUCAAAAAGUGAUGACUUUGCACGUAUGAAAAAAUCCUAUAGGAUUUCUUAUAGCAUAUCCUAUCGGAAAUCUUAUGGAAAAUUGGAACAUUUCCUAUAGGAUUUUCCUGAUCGGAUUUCCUGUAGGAUUUAAUAUGAAAAUUUCAACAGAGUUUCCUAUAAAAUUUAGGGGUAUAAGGGUCCCAAUGAGGGUCAAAAGUGUCAUAUGAGGAUCAUAUGGAGGUCAUAUAUGGGUCAUAAGGGUCAUAUUAGAGUCAUUUAAGUGUAAUAUGGGGGUCAUAUAUGGGUCAUAUGGUGGUCAUGUGGAGGUCAUAUGGAUGUCAUAUGGGAUCAUAUAGGAGUUGCAUGGGGGUUAUUUUACCAUUCAUCAUUUUGACCCUUAUGACCCUAAAUUUCAUAGGAAAUCCUAUUGAAUAUCUGAUAGGAUAUCCUAUAAGACAUCCUGUGGGAAAUCCAAUAAGAAAAACCUGAUAGGGAAUCCUAUAAGAAAUUCUAUAGGAAAUCUGUCUGAAAAAUCCUAUAGGAAAUGUUCGAAUUCUCCUAUAGGAUUUUUUCAUACGUGUGACUCAAUAUUUUUAUCACACAUUCAUCGCAGUCGUUAGAUUACGUAGGAUUUCUUCACAAUCUUUCCAGAUUUUGUUUUCACGAGGAUUAACCCUCUGUUACUCGCGAAGGGCGUAUGGAGCACCCCAAGCGUUUCUUCAAUAAUUUUUUUUACUACUCCAUUGAAGAUCGAAACGAAAAUUGAAUGUUGAAGGUUUGAAGAAUAAUUGUCCUCUUUAAACCCACAAACAUCCAGACAAACCCAGUGAAAAACCUGUUUAAAAGCAGGUGAGUAACGAAGGGUUAAUGUUAACAAUCAUAGUUGUUCCUUACAGAUAGAAAUUCGUUGAUGAUAAAUCAACUCAUCUAGGAGUGUAAUUUUGUGAUAACCGGAAAACUCGCCAUAACGUGUGCAAUAAUUUACUGAAGUUCUGGAACAAAAUAAAUAGAAUUCAAUUUUAGAUUGUUCCAGAACUUUAGUAACAGAGUGCACGAAAAAUAUUCAUGGAACAAACAAGUGCAACCGCGAAAAAAUUCAAUUGGAUUCCUGCUACACCUAUAUUGGAGAUUCUAUCAAGUUUCUCCGAUUUUAUCCAGAAAUUCUGUAGCUUUUCUGCACUUUUGCAAUAGGAAAUAGUCAAUGCAAACUGUUUCAAAGAAAAGAUAAGUAGAUUCGAUUUUACUAUACAACAUUCCAUCGAGUCAUUUUCUAUAAAAAUUUUCCGACAUAAAUUUUCGAAGUUUUUUACAGCAUUUUAAAAAUGUUAUCAUAAAAAAUGUGAACAGAAAAUAGAAAAUUUAGGCCGCGAAAUUUCUAUAGAGAAUAUCAUAAUAUAAUAAGUCGAGGAAUAAGUGGUAUUGAAAAAUCGAAGUCUAUUGACGUUUUCUAUAAGAUAUUUUCUAUUGAACAUCUUUCUUGGAAAAUAUGUAUAGAAAAGUUACGGAAUUUUUUCAACAGACAGAAUGUUGAGCAGAAGUCCAAUAAGAAUCUAACAAAAUUUUUGAGCAAUUGCGCUUUUUAACUCUAUGAAAUUUAUUCGUACUUGAAGAGCUGAUGUUGGUGCUUGAAAAUGAAAUCGCUCAAUUUUUUGUAAGAAUUCAUACAUAAUUCAUUCAACAUUAUAAAUAUUCUGUGUAAGUUCCAAGUUAAUGUCAUAAUUUUACUUUUUUCGAAAGAAGCACGUCAACGAUUAUGAAAAGUUUGAAAUUGAAAGGGGAAAAAACCCAGUUUGAAAUAUUUAGUAUAGAUUGUUUUGCAAAUAUCUCGAAACUACUGGGUUUAGGAAAAACAGGUAAAACAUUCUCUCGGUAGAUUUUAAAAGCUACUACGAAGAAAUCAGUAGCGAAGCGGUAAAACGGUUCAAGGCCACCGUUUUCUUCAAAUUUUCCAAUAAAUUUUCUGCUCAAAGUUAUUAAUAUUUUUCGAACACAAAGCAUAUUGAUCUUUAUCAUGGCCUUCUGGAGAUUAAUGUGUUUAAAUUUGUAAAA